AUGGCUGGUCCCCAUUUGUGGCUGCGGGCUGAAGUGAAGCCGAGCGAGCACCGCACAGCACUCACACCGGAGGCAUGCAAAGAGCUCAUCGGCCUCGGCUUCAAGAUCAGCGUGGAAAGCUCAACGGAUCCAAGCACCAAGCGCUGCUACACGGAUGAAGACUACAAGGCGGCUGGCUGCGAGAUUGUGGAGACGGGGAGCUGGCCCACAGCGCCGAAGGACGCAUACAUUGUCGGUCUCAAGGAACUGCCAGAGGACACUUCCCCUCUCGAGCACACCCACAUCUACUUUGGCCACUGCUACAAGGGCCAGGGCGGCUGGAAGGAGCUGCUUGCCCGCUUCAGGGCCGGCGGCGGAAAACUGCUCGACCUCGAGUUCCUCACAGAUGCCACCGGUCCGCCGCCGCGUUCUGCGUUUGGAUACAUGGCUGGAUACACCGGCGCAUUUGUCGGCCUCGACGUCUGGUGCCACCGUCAACUCAAGACGGAAGGGGCGUAUCCCUCCAUUGACGCCUACCCAAAUGAAGAAGUCCUCUUCAAGUACAUCAAGCCCCGCAUCCAAGACGCAACAGCUGGGGCCGGUGGAGCGCCGCGUGUGCUGGUGAUGGGUGCGCUCGGGCGGUGUGGUCGCGGCGCGUGUGAUUUCCUCGUCAACGCCGGCAUCCCAGAGGCGAACAUUCUUCGCUGGGACCUGGAGGAGACAAAAAAGGGUGGACCGUUCCCCGAACUUCUUGACGUGGACAUCUUUGUCAACUGCAUCUACCUCGCCAAGCCAAUCCCGCCCUUCAUCACCCGUGAGAUGCUUGACCAGGACAGCAGACGGCUCUCUGUUGUUGUGGACGUGAGCUGUGACACCACCAACCCGCACAACCCCAUCCCCUUUGCCGACAAGAACACCACAUUCACAGAACCCACGUUCCAAAUCACCCCAAGUGGGGGCGCUGUUGUGGAUGUUGUGACGAUUGACCAUCUGCCGACGCUGCUGCCCAAGGAGAGCAGUGACCGCUUUGCUGCAGACCUCCUCCCAACCAUCAAGGGCCUCGCCCAGCAGGAGGGACACCCCGUCUGGGGCCGUGCGCUGGAGCUGUUCCACAAGAAGAUGGAGGAGGCACAGACCGCGUGA